AUGCCGAAGAGCUACAGAAACCACAGCAAAACGGCUCGCAACCCCAAGCGCCCCUUCGAAAAGGAGCGCUUGGACCAGGAGCUCCGGCUCCUGGGCGAGUAUGGCCUCAAGAACAAACGCGAAGUCUGGAGGGUCCAGUACGCCCUCGCGAAGAUCCGCUCGGCCGCUCGCGAGCUCCUCACUCUCGAAGAAAAGGACCCGCGACGCAUCUUCCAAGGUCCGCUGCUGCUGCUGCUGCUGCUGUUCCUGCUGCUGCUGCUGCUGUUCCUGCUGCUGCUGCUGCUGUUCCUGCUGCUGCUGCUAUUCCUGCUGCUGCUGCUGGUCCUCUGCUGUUCCUGCUGCUGUUCCUGCUGCUGCUCUUGCUCCUGCUGCUGCUCUUGCUCCUGCUGCUACUACUACUACUACUACAGCAGCAGCAGCAGCAGCAGCAGCGGGUGGGUUUGCUGCUGUUCGCUCAGGGACCGCGCUGCUGCGGCGGAUGGUGCGGCUGGGGCUGCUGAGCGAGGGCGAGCAGAAGCUGGACUACGUGUUGGGUUUGACAGUGCAGAAGUUUUUGGAGCGGCGGCUGCAGACUCGCGUUUUCAAGUUGGGACUUGCGAAGUCUAUACACCACGCGCGGUGUCUCAUCCGCCAAAGACACAUUCGAGUCGGAAAACAAAUCGUCGACAUUCCUUCUUUUCUCGUCCGCGUGGACUCUGA